GUCUUGUUGCCAGGACAACACAGCAACUGAUCCUCAAGAAGUUUACGUGAGGUCUUGGAAAGAGGAGAAAACAGUUUAGUGGGUGCCAUGGGGGUCGCGCUGACUAGAGCCGCGCAGUGGACCACCGCGAGUUCCGGAGCCGGCAAACUGGAGAUCACUCCCCUUAACGAAUCCCUGCUGAAGGACAUCCUCCGCUUUGUGGAGCACUUCGGCUCCAGGCAUCCCCAGGAGGCGAGCCUCGUGUUCAAGGAGCCGCUGCGGUGGGAAACGUCGUUACAGGCCUCGGCUUUCCAGACGGGAUAUGACAUCAGUGCGUCUGCGGUGAAGUCGCUUGAAACGGACAGCGAUGGACACCCACUCCUGCAGCUGUCCUUCCCGUCCAUCUCUGUGCUCAGCUUCGGCCAGCUCUCGCAGGUAGCGCAGCUGGCAAAAGAUAAGGCCUUAAGGGAGGUCCGGGCGUGCCUCGAAGCUAACAGGGAUCCGGUGGUAAAGAUCCUCGGGCCUAGCUUUGCGACGGUGGAGGGAGAGGACACCUCCGUGCUGCGCCUGCUGGACAGAGUGAAAGAGGACAGCGUGUCGAAGGAGGCCGAAGCCCAAAUGAAGCUGCUCUUGCUUCUCCAGCAGCUGGAUACGCAGCUGCUGAGCAACUCGCUGAAGCAGAUCUCCCGAGAGGUCCGGCUCAGCCCGGCCGCAGUAAAAGACAGCGUGGAGCUGCUGAAACGCUUUUGCGGUGAAAGGGAGAAAAGGGUGUUGAAGUCUGUCGAAUACACAUCAGGCUAUGAGUUUCCAAACGGUUGCCGUGCACCUCCAUGGAGGCAAGUCCAUGGAGAAAUCAGCUACCUCGUUAUUGAGCCGUGUGACACAGCCCCCCUGUACGUCACCUGCAGCACAGCCGGUGUCUUUCUCAACGGGGGCAUUAAACAGGAAGGGGAAGAACAUGGCUAUGAGCGAAAAAGUGAAGUCUACAAGGAUCUUGUGACACUUCUGAAAGGGGAAUCUCCUCAUUUUGCUGAGAACAUAAAUAAGCAGGAUUUCGCAGUUCAAGAAGAGCCUCUGUCGAGCGAGAAGGUGGUGCAUGUGGAAUCGGUUGAUGCGGAGGAACAAGGCCAAACCCAAAGGUCUUACGAGCUUCAGGAAAAGAAUGUGCGCGAGAAGCCGAGACAACAGCGUGCACAGAACAAGCCAGGCAGGCAGAAAUUAGAACCAUCUUUGAAAUGGAAGAACCUGGGUCUCGCGGACCCGUACGAGGAUGCAGAGGAGAGGAAGUCUAAAAAGCAAGGGGUAAACGGCCGAUUAGCUGAAGGGCAGGACAAACCCCUGCGGUCAGAGAGCAGGAAAAAAGCCGAUUUCUCUUUAUCGUCUCUGCCCGAGCGUCAGUCUUCACAAAAAACCAAAACCCCGGGAGGAGGGACCAGGGCCGAGAACUUCAGCGAGAGCUCGUCGGAGAGCGAGGAAGAGGAGGAGCAGCUGGAGCACCGUCCGGAGAGCAACACGGACCUGCCCUCCGAGUACUGGCAGAUCCAGAAGCUGGUCAAGUACUUAAAGGGAGGCAAUCAGCCAGCCACAGUGAUUGCUCUGUGCUCAAUGAGGGACUUUAAUUUGGGGCAGGAGACCUGCCAAUUGGCCAUCCGGGACGUAGGUGGCCUUGAAGUUCUCAUUAACUUGCUGGAUACCGAAGAAAUCAAAUGCAAAAUUGGCUCUCUGAAAAUCCUGAAGGAGAUCAGCCGAAAUUCUCAGAUCAGGAGGGCCAUCGCGGACCUGGGGGGCCUGCAGACCAUGGUGACCAUACUGGACUCCCCGGAUAAGGAGCUCAAGUGUCUGGCCGCAGAGACCAUUGCCCACGUGGCCAAGUUCCGGAGGGCCAGGAGGACGGUGAGACAGCACGGCGGAAUAAAGAGAUUGGUGGAGCUGCUGGACUGCGUCCCGGACUCGGCCGCACUGACGGAAGAGCAGGAGAGGGAUGUGGAGGUGGCCCGCUGCGGGGCCCUGGCCCUCUGGAGCUGCAGCAAGAGCACCAGGAACAAGGAGGCCAUCCGCAGGGCCGGCGGCAUCCCGUUGCUCGCGCGCCUCCUCAAGUCCCCCCACGAGAACAUGCUGAUCCCCGUGGUGGGCACGCUGCAGGAGUGCGCCUCCGAGAGCAGUUACAGGAUGGCAAUUCAGACUGAGGGAAUGAUCGAGGAUUUGGUGAAAAAUCUCAGCUGCGACAACCACGAACUGCAGAUGCACUGUGCCAGCGCCAUCUUUAAGUGUGCGGAGGACAAGACGACACGUGACCUCGUCAGGCAGUACGAAGGACUCCAGCCCCUGGUGGCCCUCCUGAAGGAGUCGGACAACAAGCAGCUCCUGGCCGCCACCACGGGGGCCAUCUGGAAGUGCUCCAUCAGCAUGGAGAACGUAGUGAAAUUCCAGGAGUACAAAGCCUUGGAGACGCUGGUGGCCCUGCUGACCGACCAGCCAGAGGAGGUCCUCGUCAACGUCGUGGGGGCCCUGGGCGAGUGUGCCCAGAAACCCGACAACCGAGCCAUCAUCAGGAAGUGCGGCGGCAUCCCCCCGCUGGUCAACCUGCUCACGGGGACCAAUCAGGCGCUGCUGGUGAACGUCACCAAGGCCGUGGGCGCCUGCGCCACGGAGACAGAGAACAUGGCAAUAAUAGACCGCUUGGACGGGGUUCGCCUGCUCUGGUCGCUGCUGAAAAACCCGAAUCCAGACGUCCAGGCCAGUGCCGCGUGGGCCGUCUGUCCCUGCAUUGAAAACGCGAAGGACGCGGGGGAAAUGGUCCGGUCCUUCGUCGGUGGGUUGGAACUGAUUGUUAAUUUGCUGAAAUCAACAAACAAAGAAGUGCUGGCGAGCGUGUGCGCCGCCAUCGCCAAAAUCGCUAAAGAUGAAGAAAACCUGGCAGUCAUAACGGAUCACGGCGUCGUCCCAAUGCUGGCGAAACUGACAAAUACAACGGAUGACAGGCUCCGGCGGCACCUGGCAGAGGCCAUCGCCCGGUGCUGCAUGUGGGGGAGCAACAGGGAGGCGUUCGGGGAGGCCGGGGCGGUGGCCCCGCUGGUGCGCUACCUGAAGUCCAAGGACGCCUCUGUCCACCAGGCCACCGCCCAGGCCCUGUUCCAGCUGUCCAAGGACCCGAACAACUGCAUCACCAUGCAUGAGCACGGAGUGGUGAAGCUCCUCCUGACCAUGAUGGGCUCCAGCGAUGAGGUCCUGCAGGAAGCCGCGGCCGGCUGUGUGGCCAGCAUCCGCCGGCUGGCCCUGGCCAAUGAAAAGGCCAGAUACGGUUAAAAGGGAAUCGCUCCCACCCAAUCAGCUCCAGUGAGUAUUUCCGCGGUCACCUCGGCUGAUCGCCCUCGCGGGACUGAGUAGGCAGCUCGGUCCUGCAAACGCAUCACAAUCGUCUUUCUACAGAGUAAGAGCGAGAAUAAACAAGUGUUC